ACCAUUCAGUGUAACUCGCAUUUAGCAACGUGUACUAUAUAUUUUUUAAAGUUGCUGUAAAAAUUUGAACUUUUUCAAGAUGAAAAACGAAGACAUGGGAAUCUUUACUGAACUGAUUAGCUGCAAGGAUCUCAUUCUGCCCAAGGUGGAACAAAUUGAAGAUAUGCGCCAGUUUAUGUCGGAUCCGAAAAACUUCAACGGUGAUAUUAACGAGUUAACCGAUCGCUUGGAAGCUAAAACCCAGCAAUGUCGCAAAGUGCUCAAGGUGCUGCAGGAUAGACUUAGGUUAAAGAAGGAGGCCAUUCAAAAGGUUAAGGAAGAUGUGUUGGAACUGGAAUCGGAGAUGAAGAAACCAGAGGGUAAUAUCCGUUUUCUAACCAACCACGAGAAAGUCAAGAUUCGUUUUCUCGAUGAGACAAUAACUUGGGAGCAUUCUGUGCCUGAGGCCCUGGAGCGUUACAGUAUUAAGAUGAGCUCCCUGCACAGUGAGAUCAUGGCCUUGGACAGUGAUGUGGAUUCGGUCACCUAUUUGACUGGUGUGUCCCAGGUCAACGUUAACUAUGUAAAAGAUUGGUAUAAGAAGGAGACAGAGGAUAAGGAAGGAAAGACUUCUACCGAAUCCAUUGGCGAUGGCCCCCAAUCAGCUUAGUAUAACCAUUUUGAAGCUUUCUUAGCUAAAUUUAUAUUACUUUGUUUAACUCCAGCUAGACUGAAUAAAUUGCAUUUCAAAAUUA